AUGCACUUGACUUAUCCUGACCUCGUCCGCCGGCUCCACGACCUUGAGCGUCUCGCCGAACCCCCGUUGGCCGGAGAGCGCGGCGGGUGUAUGUCAAGCUAUGACCGGGCCUCGCGCUAUGACCCAAAGGAAGACAAGUACAUCGACUGGGACGCCAAUGACGAUGGGCGAGGCAUCAUCCGCGAAGAAGGCGAGUGGGCAGUUGCCUUUGAGCAGCGGGGUCCUGGAGUCAUCUGGCGGACCUGGUCCGCCAUGCCUGAUGUUGGCCGAAUCCAGAUCUUCAUCGAUGACGCGCAUCACGUCAAACCUGUCAUUGACAUGCCUUUUCGGGAUCUGUUCGAUCGGUUUCAGGGGAUGCCACACAACUUUCCCUCGAUAACGCCUACCCUGUCGAGGGGUCGAAAUUGCUUCAUCCCUAUUCCCUACAACAAGUACGCCAAGGUCCGCCUUGGACCUGGCUGGGGGGCAUACUAUCACUUCACUUACACUUCGUUUCCCAAACACACAACACUGCCGCACUUCAAUGGCAAUUUCGAUCGAGAGGCUUGUCUAGCGUUGGCUGCUGCCGACCGCGAACUCAGUCGCCGUGGUUGGUCAGCGCUGCCUCGGUCAAAAGGCGACACACUGGAAACAUUGACUGUCACCAUCCAACCUGGGAAGAGCCAUACUGUGCGGGAGCUGACUGGCAACCGAGCAAUCACUGGCAUGCGCGUGGUGCCGUUGGACCUCGUCCAGGACUCUCACCGCACCGCUCAAAUUCUUCGAGAGCUCGCUAUCCAAAUCACUUGGGAUCACGACAAGUCGCCAAGCGUCUGGGCGCCUCUGGGUGACUUCUUUGGCAGCGUUCCUGGCAUUCAGACUUAUCGUUCCUUGCCUCAGGGCUCGACGGACGGUGGUGGGUUUUACAGUCACUGGUUCAUGCCAUUCUCCGAUCGCGCCGAGAUCAUGUUGGUCAAUGAUGGCAAAAAGGAGCAGAAGUUGUUUUUCACCAUCUGCCACCGCCCACUGGAAAAGCCCGCGAAACACAUGCUUCGUUUCCACGCAAAGUGGCACCGGGAUGCCUUCCUCGAGAAGCCCAUCAAAGAGGGCCGCGAGAUCGACUGGCCCCUCUUGAUGUUAGAUGACGGCCCCGGACGGUUCUGCGGCGUGCAAAUGCACGUGUGGAACCACUGGAAAGAUCCCAAGGUCCCGUCAAAGGACUGGUGGUACGGCGUCGGCAGCGAGAAGUCGAUCGACUGGUGGUGGGGCGAGGGUGACGAAAAGUUCUUCGUCGACGGUGAAAAGUUCCCGUCAACGUUCGGCACCGGCUCUGAAGAUUACGUGGGCUAUGCGUGGGCGGCCGAGCCGCCAUUUCCGACCUUCGACAGCGCAUAUGCCUGCCAGCCGUAUAUUGAGCUGGAUGCAAACGGGCACACAUCGGUCUGCCGCUUCCAUGUUUGCGACGACGUACCUUUUCACAAGAGUUUCGAGGCCUACGUCGAAAAGUACAAACCCAACGACUGGGGUCACAGAAACAAGUGCCUCUAUGCUGUGGUUGCUUACUGGUAUCAGAGGGCCGGUGGCUACGAUGCAUAUGAGCGUGUGUCGGUAAAUGAGCGCUAUCUCCAGGUUAAGGAAGAUCGCGACCGCCCAGUUGGCAAAGGUGGGGAAGACCUCUGA